AUGACCGCUAACGUCGUUCGUCUCAACAACUUCUUGCAGAACAGACAUAUGCAGCAUGCUCUGACCGAAUCAUUCUCCUCUGUUGGUCCGCCAAAUCAGCUUCAGUGGACCGUUACAUUCAAAUUAAAUGGACAAGCAAUCGGAGCUGCUACUGCCGGCACCAAAGGAGCGGCUAAGGAACAGGCCGCUGGACAGGCAUUGACGGCUCUGGGCGCAUGA